GUACGGCGUCUCUGUUUCAGUUUAACAGGAAGACGAGCGUCUGUAUUUGUGACCAUAAAACCUUGAUAUGGCCCAGGCCUGCUGUCUGCCAUCGCCUGUUAUGUUGUUGUUGUUGAUGUCACUACUGCAUUGCAUUGUGGGAUGUUUAUGCCAGCAUCGUGUCCAGUCCAAUAGUAUGCACUUCAUGUACUGUGGGUUUCAUACGAAGGUUUCAGACAUACUGAAACUUCUCACAUGCUGUUAGUGUGUUAGCGUUAGCAUUAGCAUGGAGUUUCAGAUGCAGUCACUGUGUUCAGUUAUAGGAACCAGACAGGAAGUGAUGUCAUGACUUCAGCUCUCUAUAACCUGAACAGCUGUGAUGUAGUCUGGGAUGUGUUUCUGUACUCACCUGUCUGCAGGUGUGAACAGCAGCGUCAAGUUUUACUGUGAAGCAAAGAACGCCAGAGGAAUCUCUGUGUCCAGAACAGGAACCGUCCACAUUAAAGAAUUGCCGUCAGCGCCGGUCGGGAUGCAGGUUCUGAGGAUGUUGGACAACAACGUCACGUUGUCAUGGAAACCAGGAUUUACGGGACACUCAGAGCUGUCCACCUGCAUCAUCCAGGCGUUGAGGCGGUCAGCUCGGAGGUGGGACCUCCCUCAGCAGGAGGUGCAGGUUCCUCCUCACCUGGUGGAGCUCUCAGGUGUGAGGAGUCACUCUAACUACAGCGUCAGAGUCUCCUGUGUGAACGAGGUGGGGGCGUCGCCUUUCUCACCCUGGCUCCACUUCCUCACACCUGAGUCAGUGCCCUCCGCAGCUCCCAGGAACUUGACCUUUGACCUUUCGGAGAAGCAGCUGGCCCUGAGGUGGGCGGAGCUUCAGGAGGAGGAGCUUCAGGGCAAACUGUUGGCCUACAAGGUUCAGUGGACUCUGGGAGGAGAGCCGCAGGAGCCGCUGCUGUUCAAGGAGAACUCUGCUCAGCUGUCUGGAGGAGGACGUUUCUUCAACGCGUCCUUCCAGGUGUCGGCGUGCACGGCGGUGGGCUGCGGACCCUGGAGCCCGCCGGUGCUGGUGCUGCCCGCCUCAGUGCAGGUCCCGGCCCAGCGGAGCCACAUGUGGGUGGGUCUCCUGCUCGGGCUGCUGGUGGCCACCGUGACGGGCCUGCUGCUCACCGUGCUCGCUCACCGCCGCGAGAAAGAGACGCAGUUUGGUUCGGCCUUCGAGUCUGCAGGUCCGGAGAGUUCGGUUUCCUUCACGGCGGCUCGAUCCUUCAACAGAAACUGUGCAGAGCUGCAGGAGUCCACAUUGGACAGUCUCUGCAUCAACGAUGACCUGAAGAACAAACUACAGGACGUCCUGAUCCCAGAGAGGCUGCUCACACUGGGACACAUGCUGGGGAAAGGUGAGUUCGGCUCGGUGCGUGAGGCCUUCCUGAAGACCGAGGACUCUUCUGUCCAGAAGGUGGCAGUCAAAGUGCUGAAAUCUGACAUCACUUCGUCAGGUGACAUCGAGCAGUGUCUGAAGGAGGCGGCCUACAUGAAGGACUUCCACCAUCCCAACGUCAUCCAGCUCAUCGGAGUGAGUCUGCACCGGCGUCACAGCCAGCGGCUGCCGAUCCCAAUGGUUGUUCUGCCGUUCAUGAAACACGGAGACCUGCACACCUUCCUGCUGCUGUCCAGACUGGGAGAGCAGCCAUUUGAUCUGUCUCUGCAGACUCUGAUCCAGUUCAUGUUGGACAUCUCUCGGGGGAUGGAGUACCUGAGCAGCAGGAACAUCAUCCACAGAGACCUCGCCGCCCGAAACUGCAUGCUGGACGAGAACAUGACGGUGUGUGUUGCAGACUUCGGUCUCUCUAAGAAGAUCUACAGCGGAGAUUAUUACAGACAGGGAUCCGUCUCCAAGCUGCCCGUCAAGUGGAUCGCUCUGGAGAGUCUCGCUGACAACGUCUACACCACACAGAGCGACGUGUGGGCGUUCGGCGUCACCAUGUGGGAGAUCAUGACUCGUGGUCAGACUCCGUAUCCUGGUGUUGAGAACUCUGAGAUCUACGAGUUUCUGAUCAAAGGAGAACGACUGAAGAAACCUGCUGACUGCAGAGACGACAUUUAUGAGCUCAUGCACAGCUGCUGGAGUCCCGUCCCUAAAUGUCGUCCCAGUUUCCAGCAUCUGGUCGGCCAGCUGGAGGCGCUGUGGCUCAGCCUGUCCCCCGCCCCCCCGCUGAAGGAACCUUUACUCUACGUCAACCUGGAGGGGGACGAGGGGGAGCCGGGCAGGGGGGGAGUCGGGGCCCCGGGGCCGGAGGAGGCUUCGUCGAGCUGGAGCGUCCCCUGGCAGCGGCGGGCGGAGGACGAGGAGAAGGACUGGCUGAUGGUGGGGUCCGGCGCCGCGCUCGCCAUCGGAGGAGAUUAUAGAUACAUCAUCGGCCCCUGCGGAGCUGCCGAGGGGGGGGAGGAAGAGGAAGAGGGGGGAGGAAGGAGAGACACGCCACAGGAGGAGGUCCGAGACGAAGAGGACGACGCUGUCAUUCAUGUUUGAGGUGUAUUUGGACCAAUCAUAGCGCCCGGCCUCCUCUGAGCUGAUUGGACAGAGCUCAUGGUCAGCUGACCUCAGAGAGACGCUCACUUUGUGUGAGUGAACAGCAGCAGGCGGGUGGAGACAAGUUCACUGUGAUCACACUGAAGGUACAAACGGACUCGAACCAGAGAAAGUUCUCAGAUUACACAUAAACACUGAUCAGCUGAUCAGCUGCAACACACCGACGCCUUCACGCAAUCAGAACCUCGAACGACAGGAACGCACAGCCAGUUCUGGUUCCAACUGGUUCCAACAGGUUCUAACAGGUUCCAACUGGUUCUAACAGGUUUCAACUGGUUCUAACAGGUUCCAACGGGUUCUAACUGGUUCUAACAGGUUCUAACUGGUUCUAGCAGCAGAUGUUUCCAGCUGAUCAUCAGACAGGAAGUCACUUUAACACUUAACACACAUCCAGUUUUUGUCCGUUCAGCAGGUUUGUGUUGUGCUAAUGGCUGCACCACCAGCUGGACAAAGCAGGGAACUGUUCCAGAGCCCCCAGAGGACCCCCAGAGGACCCGAGGGCCCCCGGUGUCCUGUGUGGCAGUUAGUUUAUUAUAAAUUGAUUUCAUAUAUUUUUGAUAGUGAAUGUGCAGUUCUAACUAAAAGCUUUGGGUGUUUAGUGGAGCUGCUACUAAUCAUCAACCUCAUUAUUGAUUCAUCUGCUGAAUAUUCUUUCAGUUAAUUGAUUGUCGAUCUAUAAAACAUCAGGAAGUAGUCGUCACUGUAAAGUAACAACAGAAACUGGAUCCACUGAAUAACAACCUGAACAAUGGAUCAAUUAUCAGAUUAGUUGAUUGAUUUUCUGUGGAUCAAUUCUUGUUUGAGCCUUUGAACAAACAACAAACUGACGGACCUUCGACUCUUCUUCACGUUCCUUUAAAUCAAACAGAUGAAUGUUGAUCUCAGCUGGUUUCUGCAGCAACAGGCGGCCAUCUUUGAUUUCCACUCGCAGUGUUUCUACCUUUAAACUUGAUGAUGAUGAUGAUGAUGAUGAUGAUGAUGAACACUGAUGCAAACCAGUUGCUGUUGUUACUGGUUUAUAAACGGAACCAGCAGGGAUCAGUUCUGACAGGCCUCACUUACUUACUUGGUGGAUUUUUCCGGAUCUUUCAGGCACUUUUAAGGCCUUCAUCAGCUCAGAUCCACACAACAACUAAAGCAUCUUCAUGAUGUCUGAGUGGCUCCAUGUAAUGAUGAAGGCCAUGAGAGGUGGCUGAAAGCUCUGGGUGAGUGGACCUUUAUUGUUCUACUAUGAGUGUGUUUGAAGUUUUGGUUUGAUUCAAAGGCUUUUUGAUCUUUUCAUUGAUUAAUAACUUCUGAUCGGAUCAUGUGAUCAGAUGUUUAUGUUCACUCAUCGCAGCGUUUCUAAUCAAGCAAACCAAACUUUCAGCUUUUUAAAAUGUUUGAUCAUAAACUGAAUAUCUGACAAAACAAGAUAUUUAAAGACUCAUCUGGAGAAAACUUCAGAUUAAAGGAUCAUUCUGCUCCAAAGUAACAGUGAACUGAUCUACUGACAGCUGUUGAGUUUGUAUUCAAACUCCUGAUGAUGAAGGAUCAUGUGACCAGUAAUCAGAUCUAUCAGCUGGUCAGUAGAUCAGUUCGUUGUUGGUUUGGAUCCAAACAUGAUUGAUCCUUUAAACUGUGAUCUCGUUCCAGACGUCACGCUGUGAUGCUGAACGAGCCCGAAAUCAAUGUGCUGAUAUGUUUAAUUAUGUGUUUGUUAUAAUAUUUAGAGCAGAAACAAGUAACUGAUUGAUUGGUUUAUUUGGAGAACUGGCAACAUUUUUAAUGAUUGAUUAACGAUCAGAAACACAAUAAUCAAUUAGCAAUUAUUCUCAUUUGGUUCCAAAUGUGAAUAAUUGCUGUUUGUUUGUUGUCUUGAAGUUUUUAAUGAAAAUAAACAGAAACAAACUAAUCAGCAGACGACUCGUUAAGUUUCAUCAACGGCGUCGCCUGAACACGUUCGUUAUUUCACUACAUGGUGCCUUUUACUCAGUAAAUUGUGUUUAAUACAUACAUGAUGUGCAGAGAGUGGGAGAAACGGGGGGGGGGGGGCACCGGGGGCCCGCAGCACAUUUGUCGGCCCCGGGGCCCCCCCAGCGGGUUAACGUGGCCCUGAACGCUGCUGCACAUACAGCUGACACUGAAUCUGUUCAUAACUGUUUCAUUCCACUGGAAACUGGUGUCUGAUCACUGAGUUUGAUACUAAAUGUGAUGUAAUGAUGUCUUUUAUUGAUCCGUAUUAACUGGAACAUGUUGGUGAUGUCUGACUGUAGAUCUGGAUUAACUUCACCCUCAUGUCAGGAUAUCAAGGGACAGUUUGUUUUAAUGUAUCUGAUGUUUUUUAUGUAGCAGAUCAAACCCUCAAUUUAUUCACCAACAAACUUGAAGCUGAUGUCUUCCUGUCGUCAUGUCCUUACCUGUUUGUCUACCACUGAGUUUUAAUGAAUAAAGUGUUAUUUGUGUCGCUGUGA